AGCCCGACGGGUCGGACGCGGCGGGGGAGGCGCGGUGACCGCCCCACGGCCCCACCGAGCGCCGUCCCGCCCCAGUUCCUCCGCCGAGGCCGGGGCCGGUCCCAGCACCGGGAGGAGAUGGUCCCCGACCGCCGCCGCUGGAGCCUGGGCUCCGUCCUGCUGCUGCUCGGGGGAACCCUGGCUGUCCGGGUCCAAAUCCAUCAGGAUUCGGUCAAUGGCACCGUGGGACAGUCCGUGCUCCUGAACAUCUCCUACAUGUUUGAUGAGGCCUCUCGCUUCCCACUGUCCAUUUGCUGGAUGUUCCAUAACUCCUCAAAGGUGAUCCUCACCUGCGCAGUGCAGAACUGCUCCCUGGAUGCUGGGGGGGCUCCCAGCAACUGCUCUGCAACAUGUUUCCCCCCCCCCCCGAAACGUGGCCGUGCUGAGCUCUUCCCCGAUAACGGGUCCCUGCUGCUGCGGGACCUGAAGCUCAGUGACAGCGGGGUUUAUGUUGUUACCUUCAAAGAGCCAUCCCAGAGCUGGCCCAUCACCCUGGUCGUGCACGAGCAGCGUUUCCCCCCUGAGCAUCCUGAUCCAUCAGCAGUCAGCCCGGGUGAAGAGCACGCCCUUCACUGGACAAUUGGAGUUUCUUCCUCAGUCGCCCUCCUGCUGCUGCUCCUGCUCUUCUGCUACCUCAGGCACCUGGCUCAGCAGAAGAAGAGGAGAAUCAUCAAACAGCAGCAGGUCUCAGGUGUGGAGGAGCCCCACAUGGAAAGCACUGUGGUGGGGGGCAUGGCGACCAUUUACGCCAGAAUCGGAGACAGCUUUGAACAGCCACAGACCAACAGACCAACAUCAGAGACUGUGUACACAUCCAUAACCCACCCUGAGCCUUCAGGACUGGACACAGCACUCUACCAUGUGGUGGUUUGACUGUGGGAGCCGCCUCAAAGAGGACCUUUGCAGAAGGUGGUCGUGCUUCAAAGCAGAGAGGAUGCCUUUGUGGCUGAUGCCCUCGGUGCUGCCCCUUCCAAGCCUGGGCUGAGGGGGAUUUGGAGCAACAGAGCACAGAAAUGCAAUCAUUUCCUCGAACUGCCAGCCCUCUCGAAUUUGAGGAAACAGCUGGUCUUGGUUUCUUCUUGAGGCUUUUUGAGAGCACAAAGAGACUCGGUGUGUGAUGGGUGAGAUGGAGGAGAAAGAUGCUCAAGGCAACGGCAAACCCACAGUUCACCCAUGGGAAGGUUGUUUCCAUAGACUCCCCUUUGCUUGAGGGGUAACAGAGAGCAUUAAAUGGAGUUUAAUCACGUGUCCCAGGUUCACUACCAGUGGUCUUGUCACAUUAAAAGGCUAGGUGAAGAUCCUUUGACCUGACAAGUUGUCCUUAUUUUUAUAAAUCUGGCAAGUAAUUGUUGAGCUGACUUCCUGCAAUGAAAUUUGCUUGUCAGUGGGAUCCCAGGGCAACAGGUUCCUCUGCUGUUGGUUUGAAACAUCCUUUUGAAGCACAAGGAGGUGGGGCUUUCUCUACAAUGGGUUU